UCCAUUUUACAGUUUAUGUUAUACGACCAUUGCGGAUCUAAUGUAUGUUCUUUGUUACGUAUUCUUCGGUUUUUUUUUAAUUGUCGACUACAUUCGUGUUGUUUCCGAUAAUAACGAUGUUAAUCAGAUGUUGGCUUGCUAUGCAAGAUUUAAAUCCCCCACGUUCGAAAGCACGACUUCUCAAAUCAUGUCUGAUGACCAAUGAAUUUUAUAACAACAAAUAUUUGUCUGUUAAAAAUGAGAUGCAUCCAAAUAUUAAAAAAUAUAAGUGGACCAUGUUGAAAAAAGUAUACACCAAAUUCAUCAAAGAUGGGAAGUUGGGAUUGGAGUUCACAGAGCCCAAACAAGUAUUGUUGAUAUAUUCUGAAGAAAAAUCAGAAGUUUUUAUGUUCUACACUGAAUUAAGAACUAUUUUUAACGAUAAAAAAGUAAAAAUCGGUACAUCUCAAACGCUUAAGGAGGUAUCUGCUAACAAUUUCGUUAUGGAUUGUUUUGAUGAUUCAAAGACUAAUGAGUUUACUAAUGAUUUUCUUUUUGAAAAUAUUUUGAGCUUAAAAUGUUUGACUGUACUCCUGUUGGCAUAUUGUGAUUUACCUAGAAUUCCUGAAGAAGUUGGUAAUUUAUCGAUUAAAUAUUUUAGCAUUUCGGGUAAUGCACUUCCUACUAAUCAAGAUACCAUUUGGAAUUGGAUGACUAAAACUACAAUUUGUGAAACAUUAUUAAUCUUAGAAAUGGAUUACAUCGGUUUGAAAAGAUUGCCAUUUGAAAUAACGUUCCUGAGAAAUCUACAAAAGUUAUCAAUAUCCCACAAUUCUUUGUCUUAUUUACCUCAGUCUAUCGUUGAACUCAAGAAACUCAAAAGUAUAACUGUUAAUGGAAAUUCGUUAGCAUACUUACCUCAUUGUUUAUCUUCUAGAGUCUUUAAUUCCAUCGAUAUAUCAGAUAACUUAUUUAAUUCCUCAAGAACUCAAUCAUAUGAUCACUUACUUCAAUAUUUAUCAGUAUCUGAAAUUAAGAUAGAAGAUUUUGACCAUGUAAAACCAUUAAGUCAUUUGGCAUUGUUUAGUUUGAUGGAUAAUUGUGUACCAUUCAAGAGACAAGAUAUACCUCGUUCACUAUGGAUAUAUUUUCGUUUAAUGGGGCGUUGUGUUUUCUGUAUGAGAUGGAUACUUCCAGAGUACUCUCAAAUAAGUUUUUCACAUUUCUCACCUAGAGCAACAGAAUUAAUUCAAGAACAGGGAACCACCAAUAUACCAUGGCAAUCAAUGCUAUGUAGUAUUCCAAAUAUUUGUACGAGACCGAUUUAGUAUAAGCUAUAAUUAUGUAUAGCAAUGUAAAAUUAUAAGUAUAACAAUUAAUUAAUUAAGUGGUCGUAUAAAUUUUAUAUUCGAUCAUCAAUUGUUGUUUUAUUGUCAAACCAAUAAUUUUCUCAUUACACUAUAAAUGAAAACCAAUAAAAUAGUGAAAUAGUAAAUAAUAAAUCCGUUUUUAUAAAUUUUA